AUGAAUAAGCCUCAGAAAUACUGGAAUUACGAAGCUCAUCAGAUUGAAUAUGGUGAUGUUGACGACUAUCGUUUGGGAGAGAAGAUUGGCGAAGGAAGGUUCUCGGAAGUGUUUGAAGGAAUUCUAAUACCAGAGGAUGAAACGGUGGCUAUCAAGAUAUUAAACGUAAGUGUUUUUUUUAUUGUUUUCGGUUUUUAGGUACUGAAGAUUGGAAAAAUUGAAUAUUGAUGAUACAAGAUGUUGAUUGUUGUGUGAUUAGUAUAACUUUUGAAGUAAAUGCAGAUGAAGUAGCUUUAGGAACAUUUUUUCGGAGGAACAAGUUCUAUUUAUCGUUUAAACAUUAUUUUGAUCUUUUUAUUACCUAAAUUUUAUUAUUCUAGACAGUAAACGACAAAACCCUGAAAAGAGAAGUCAAGAUCCUGAAGAACCUUAAAUCAGGACCCAAUAUCAUAACUCUUCUUGACGUAGUUAAAGGUCCAAUAACAAAAACGCCGGCUCUUAUCUUCGAAUACGUUAACAAUACCGACUUUAAUCAGUUGUGCCAGACCUUAUCUGAUUAUGACAUUCGAUACUAUUUGUACGAGCUUCUGAAGGCUUUGGACUUUUGUCAUUCGAUGGGAAUCAUGCACCGAGAUGUGAAGCCACACAAUGUUAUGAUAGAUCACGAGAAGCGACAACUACGUCUUAUCGACUGGGGAUUGGCCGAGUUCUAUCAUCAGGGUCAAGCAUACGAUGUUCGGGUAGCUUCUAGAUGUUACAAGGCACCGGAAUUGUUGAUUGGGUAUAAGGUAAAAUAAUUUUUUAAAGUUUUUUCUUGUAAUACUAUUCUAUUUUUUAAAAAAUAAAAAAAAGACUUACCUUUGGUUAUGUUUGGGGUAUGGUAAAGUUUUUUUUAGCUUUUUGGUUUAAUGAUGGUUUUAAAAUUUAGUUUUUUAGUACUACGACUACUCACUUGACAUGUGGAGUUUGGGAUGUAUGUUAGCUUCAAUGAUUUUCCGCAAAGAGCCUUUCUUCCACGGGCAUGACAACUAUGAUCAAGUAAGUCUUAAUUUUCUUUGAUUUUUAGGUAUGUUUGCCCAAUAACGAACAGAAUACGUAAAUUUGAACUGAUAAUGGAAUAAAUUUUUUUUAAAAAUUUAGUAAUUGAUUUUAGCUGGUUCGGUUUGCAAAAGUGUUAGGAACGGACGAAUUGUUUUUGUAUAUCGAGAAUUAUCACAUUGAAUUGGAUCACCGUUUCAACGAGAUUCUUGGAAGGUAAGUGUUGGCAUAGUUUAAAAAAGACCAAUUUAAAUAUUGACUCAUAUUACUUUAUGUUUUCUUAAGGCUUUGUUUUUGAAAUAGUUGGAUUAUUUGAUAUUGUUUUAGUCAUUCUCGAAAACGAUGGGAACGGUUUGUUCACAUUGACAAUCGAGACCUGGUAUCAUCUGAGGCGUUUGACUUAUUGGACCAGUUACUUCGGUACGAUCAUCAAGAACGUCUGACUGCUCGUGAAGCUAUGAAGCAUCCUUACUUUAACCUGACCAAGGUUAGUCGAGUACCGUUGAGAAGGUUACAUUUAGGUAGGUUUUUAGAACUUUUACAUGUUUUUGAAUUGAUUUUUAGUUGAAAACAUUUAAACAAGUUACCUAAAAAUUGUCAUUAUUGCCUAAAAAUUAUUUUUCGCUAAAGUUUAAAAUUUCAGCAAAACCACGGUCUAUACCCAAGAACAACAUUGAAGUCGAGAAGAUCCGUCAAAGCAUCAAACAAUGUCGAGUCGAGUACAAAAAAUCAAUGAAUAUGGCACUAGAAAACGUGAAAAUAGCAAUCACGGAGAGAAGACAAGCUGAUGAAAUGACCUGUCGACCAUAUCGACCAGCUUCAGGGCUCCUUAUGCGACCAGACAAACACAGAAAAAACGUCGAUUUGGUGCCAGUCUUGCAUUUAUGA